CCAUAGAAGAAAUGUCUAUAGUCGAUACAGACGAAUUGGCUGCCCAAACAUGGAUAUUCAAAAGUUUUCCGAUACAAAAUUCCAAAUCGAAGGCCGCGAACAAAUGGUUAGAACGAUAUUACCAUCGAAUACCAACAAGUUAUGGACAGGUAAAUGCGGAUGAAAUUUGUCCAAUAUUAAAUUCUACGAAUUACAAAUUUAUACUCGUAAAAGGAAAACAGAAAAAACAACUAUUAGAAAAACUUAUUUCAAAGCCCUGCAUUGUAAACAAUUUGGAAACUCUAGACUGCCCAUCAAUCGAUAACUUAUAUAAAAAUUCUUAUUUCCCAUCCUGUAUAUUUCAUAAAAAUUUAAACCCGCAUAGAUGCACACUCAACACCGCAUAUAAGCUGAGAAAAUGGGUGAAACUUAAGUUACAUGGUUAUAGUGAUGCAGACUAUGCUGAUGAUACAACAACUAGGCGAUCAACAUCAGGAUACAUAUUCAUGAUGACUAAUGGAAUAGUAGCAUGGUGUUCACAAAGACAAAAAUCAGUAGCACUCUCAACUACUGAGGCUGAAUACAUGGCACUGAGUCAAGCAGUCCAGGAAUUAACUUGGUUGACGCUACUAACAAGUGAUCUUCUGGAAACACAGGGAGACACCUGUUUUGUACGCGGACAAUCAAAGUGCCAUAAAAUUGGUGAAGAAUCCAGAAUUCCAUAAACGAACUAAACAUAUAGAUGUUCGUUAUCAUUAUAUUCGUGAGAAGUUCAAUGAAGGGAUGUUUUCACUGGAGUAUGUGACCAGCAAAGAGCAGUUAGCUGACAUCUUGACCAAGCCAACACCACGAACAAGAUUUCAAGAACUCAGAGAAAUGUUAGGAAUUAGAUAUAUAGAUUUAUAAUUUUUUAAUUAACUAUGUACGGGUGUAUUGUUUAAGGGGAAUAAGGGGAAUAUUAUUUAAGAUAACAGUUUAAUGUAUUUUUACUUAUGUUAGUAUAGUACAAGGUCAAAGGGACACAUUCCUUUUACGAUUAUGUUGUUUUACUCAAUGCAGCCUAUUGUAUACAUGUUUACAGUUUAGUCGUA